UAUACACACAUCAAAGUGCAGAGUAUGUCGACAGCUGUGUGACCAGUGCUUGAGCACAUGGCCGAAGAUGCCGAGGAGGUGGAGGAUGAGUCCCUUAUGACGCAGCUCUCGCGUGCGAUGGGAAGCUCUGCGCAGGCUGAUGCCAAUGGCGAGCAACCCGCUCCGCAGGAAGCGCCGGAGGACGUGAAGGCCGACCUCGAGGCGGCGGCAGAAAAGCCUGCAGGGACAGCUGCUGAGCACGAGACCUCUGAGGCCAAAGAAGAUGUCCUUGACAGCGGUGUGCCAAAGGUCACCUACGACGAAGAGAAGGGCAAUUUCACUAAGGAUGGCAGGUGGAUUCUCCCAAAGCGCAGCCAGUUUCCAUCAGUUUUCUGUGCCUUGCGAGUGCGUGUGCGGCUUUCGCCUUCGGGGGCUGCGGAUGUGAAUCCGUGGAAGCUUUCCGUAGAAGAGGUGGAGGCAGUUCUCCGUGACCUCGGCCUGAAAGACCUGGUCCGCUUCGAUGACAGUCGAGAUCAUGAUGCUGCCGUCAAUGCUCGAGAGGUCAUUGUGGCAGUGAAUGGGGACUUGCCGUCAGGUCUCGAAGUUGGCAAAGCGAAGGAGGUGGAAAGGCUGCACCUCUCAGCUACAAUAGUUAAUGUCUUGGACACUGCCGAUGAUCUGGAUCCGGAGCGGAUCAGCACCUUAGCUUGCCGCCUCAAAGAGGGCGAGACUGCUGACGCGCUCGUCAUGGAGCUGCCGCAGAUUUGGAUCAUCUCUGACCCCGACUUCCGAGCCAAGAGCGCCAGCAUUGGCUUGUACCCCGGCAGCUUUUGGAUGGGUUUUCUCAAAUCCUGGGGACCAGUCAGAGUUGCUGAAGUUUUCUUCAGGAAGACAACUCCUGGCGAUCCCAAAGAGCCGAUUGUUUCUGUCGCGGUCAGCUUCCGAGAGCGGGAGCACCUGGACAUGUGCUUCACCUUCAUUCAUGACAGAUACCUGGUUCAUCCCAAGCAGAAAAAUGCGCUGCGGCAGCCGUGGUGCAGACUGGCCACCUUUGAGGAGUUCAAGGCCAAAACCUUGGGCAAGCCUCUGCCAAAGCACGCGGCCAAAAAGGCGCAGCUGCAGAUCAAUCGGCCGCAUAAUCUGGGGCAGCCACCACCUGUGAAGAAGGAGGUGAAGACGUUGGAUGGCUUCGAUCGGCAGCUGACACCAGCAGAGGCAAUGGCUGGUCUCUCCGGAAGGCAGCUUGAGGCAUUUCAGAUGGUGAUGAGCAGAAUGGAGCGACUGGAGCGGGAGAACAAGGAGCUGAUGCAGAUUUUGCUCCAGAUGCAAGGUCUGUGGCAGCAAUCGCAGCAGCGGAACGAGCAGGCCAAUGCAGCCAGAGCACCGGGAGUUCCUGGAGCACAGUUGGAUGCACGGCAGGUGCCGCAGCCGCCAGCGCAGGGCAUGCCAAUGCCGCCGCCAAAGCAGGUGGCAGCACCGGCGCCAGCGCCAGUGUUUGUUCAGGCGCCGGAGGUGCCAAUGCCGCCAGAUCUGAAGCGCAAGGCAGAUGCAACUGCGGAGACCAACGAGGGUGAGGACGCGCCCUGGAAGCGCCUGCGAAGGCGCCAGCGGCGAAGCAAUGACCCAGGUGAUCCGGCGAGCGAGAUGCUGGAGUCGGACUUCACUGAGGCAUCAGAUGGAGAUCUGGGCGCGGGUCUGGCAGCUUACCACAAUGCCCUCUUGGGCAUUUGACGCGGAGAAGCAUUGCCAGAGGAAGCCAUCAAAUUUCAGCGACUCGCGAAGCUGGUUGUUGGAUUCGUCAGGCUGUUGCAUUUCGCUUGGAAGUAUGGAACAGGCAGGCCUGUUCAGGUGAGAGCUUCAGUGCAGCUUGCAGCUUUGCAGGCAGACGCAAAAUGUUGUCCGAGUUU